AGAGAGCAGAGAGCAGAUAGCAGAUUUAACGGGACUCCCCAGGACAACGUCGCCGCCGACGCGCCACACCAGCCGAUAGGAUGUCCAACGAGGAGACCUCCGCCGAUCGUAAUGUCGAAAUUUGGAAGAUCAAGAAGCUCAUCAAGAGCUUGGAAAUGGCCAGAGGGAAUGGUACAAGUAUGAUUUCACUUAUUAUUCCACCAAAAGAUCAAAUCUCUAGAGUCAGCAAAAUGCUGGCCGAUGAGUUUGGUACAGCGUCGAAUAUCAAGUCCAGAGUUAAUAGACUGUCCGUCCUGGGUGCUAUUACAUCGGUACAGCACAGGCUAAAGUUAUACACUAAAGUACCUCCGAAUGGCUUGGUUAUUUAUUGCGGAACAAUUGUUACCGAGGAAGGAAAGGAAAAAAAAGUGAAUAUUGACUUUGAACCCUUUAAACCAAUUAAUACUUCGCUUUAUCUCUGUGAUAAUAAGUUUCACACAGAAGCUUUAACAGCAUUACUUGCAGACGAUAAUAAAUUUGGUUUCAUUGUUAUGGAUGGUAAUGGCGCACUUUUUGGAACAUUACAGGGAAACACGCGAGAAGUGCUUCAUAAAUUUACUGUAGACUUACCGAAAAAACACGGUAGAGGAGGUCAGUCUGCGCUUCGUUUCGCUCGGCUGCGAAUGGAAAAACGUCACAAUUAUGUUCGCAAAGUUGCUGAAGUUGCCACACAGCUUUAUAUCACUAACGAUAAGCCUAACAUUGCCGGUUUAAUUCUCGCUGGUAGUGCCGAUUUCAAAACGGAGCUCAGCCAAUCCGAUAUGUUUGAUCCCAGAUUGCAAGCAAAAAUUAUUAAAUUAGUUGAUGUUUCGUACGGUGGAGAAAAUGGUUUUAAUCAAGCUAUUGAAUUAGCUGCUGAAUCUUUACAAAACGUUAAAUUUAUUCAAGAAAAAAAACUAAUAGGUCGUUACUUCGAUGAAAUUUCUCAAGACACAGGGAAAUAUUGUUUUGGAGUGGAAGACACGUUAAGAGCUCUUGAAUUAGGUAGCGUCGAGACGUUAAUAUGUUGGGAGAAUCUUGAUAUUCAAAGAUACGUCUUAAAAAAUCAUACGAGUAACGAAGAAAAAGUUUUACACCUGACUCCCGAACAGGAAAAAGACAAAACCCACUUUACUGAUAAAGAGAGUGGCGUUGAAUUGGAAUUGGUAGAAUGUCAACCUCUGCUAGAGUGGCUUGCAAACAACUAUAAAAGUUUUGGGGCAACAUUAGAAAUUAUUACAGACAAGUCUCAGGAAGGAUCCCAAUUUGUGAGAGGUUUUGGUGGUAUUGGAGGUGUUUUGCGGUACAAGGUGGACUUUCAGAGUAUGCAGUUAGAGGAAGUUGAAUUCGACAACUUCGACUAUGAUGAUUAUUAAACUAUUUGGACUCCAGUUUUGGACGUUUUUUUUGGAAAACUCAUUCAGAAUUAAAAGUCACAAGAGAAGAAAGCAGCUACCAGAAUCUAGGAAACGCCGAAAGCUAUAAAUUCGUCUGACUCUACAUCUCUUUCUCUCCAUCAUUCCAAAAUGGAAAGAAAUGAAGAUAGGAUCCAAAAGUACUUCUAUUUUUUUCUAUAGAAAAAAUAAAAAACA